UCUGCGAAGGAGACGAAAACCGAAAUAAAACAGAUAAAAACCAGCGGGUGAAUAAACGAGGACUCGUCGCGGGCUCGCGCGCGGUACCUGCAGCGGACGUCAUGGUGGAGUUGUGCCGCGCGCGGACCUCCUGAAACAGAAGAGCAGACGUGUGUGGAAAGUGGCGCGAGCGAGAGGAGGCGUGCAGGAAGCGCGACGGUGUUAAAGGUGACGAGAUAACCAAUCACAGCGCUUCCUUCGCCGAGGCGGCCAAUCACAGCCACGUCUUAGUGACCACGUGGGGGGAGGAGAGGCGCAUGUGACAAACUAACCCUCUGCCGAGAAGAAGAGCCACUUUCCUAUUUAUCCACUGAACUAAUCUGCUCUUUUAGACAAGGGAAGUGAUCGAUCACAGGUGACUUCGUCAGGACCGGAUCGAUCAGUCGGACCUCGUGAGCUCUGUCACCUCGGAACACCACGUGUUUCCUCUCGUGCGUGUGAUCGUUCCGGUGACUUCCCUCCGGUUCUCCUCCGUUAAAAGACUCCUUUCAUAUUCAGACGAGUUGCACGCGGUGCGUACACGAGUUCGCUGCACGUGCUCGUCCAACGCACGUGCUCAUCGCCCAGGGCGACCGGGACAGCGGGAGCGGCUUCCGGUCCACCGAGGACCGACCACCGGGCGAUGGAGUUCGAGGGCUCCGGCAUCGGGGAGGAGUGCGGGGUGUUCGGCUGCGUGGCGGCGGGAGAGUGGCCCACGCAGCUGGAGGUCGCCCAGGUGUUGACGCUGGGGCUCGUGGCGCUGCAGCACAGGGGUCAAGAGAGUGCUGGGAUCGUCACCAGCAAUGUAGGCAGUGCGCCCACGUACGCCGUCCUCAAGGGAAUGGGGUUAGUGAGCACGGCCUUCGCCCCCGAGGCGCUGCUGAAGCUUCGCCACGGCAACCUCGGCAUCUGCCACACGCGCUACUCCACCACCGGCAUCUCCGAGCUGCAGAACUGCCAGCCGUUCGUGGUGGACACGCUGCACGGGAAGAUCGCCGUGGCCCACAACGGCGAGCUGGUCAACGCCGAGGCGCUGCGCAAGCGGGUGAUGCGUCAUGGCGUCGGCCUCUCCACCAGCUCGGACAGCGAGCUCAUCACCCAGCUGCUGGCGCUGACCCCCCCCAUGGAGGAGCAGGACGCGCCCGACUGGGUCGCCAGGAUAAAGAACCUGAUGAGCGAGACGCCGACGUCGUACUCGCUGCUCGUCAUGUUCAAAGACGUCGUCUACGCCGUGCGCGACCCCUACGGGAAUCGCCCACUCUGCAUCGGCCGCGUGGUGCCCGUCUCCAAGCUGCACAGCUCAGGGGCCGGGGUGGAGGACACCGAGGGCUGGGUGGUGUCGUCGGAGUCCUGCAGCUUCCAGUCCAUCGGCGCCAAGUACUACCGGGAGGUGCUGCCGGGGGAGAUCGUCCAGAUCUCGAGGCACGGGGUGAAGUCUCUGAGCGUGGUGCCGCGUCCCGAGGGAGACCUCCCGGCCUUCUGCAUAUUCGAGUACGUCUACUUCGCCCGGCCGGACUCCAUCUUUGAAGGGCAGAUGGUCUACACCGUGAGGCAGCGCUGCGGGCGCCAGCUCGCCAUCGAGGCCCCGUCGGACGCCGACGUGGUCAGCACCGUGCCGGAGUCGGCUACGCCCGCCGCCCUGGGCUACGCCCAGCAGUUCGGGCUGCCGUACAUAGAGGUGCUGUGUAAGAACCGCUACGUCGGCCGGACCUUCAUCCAGCCAAACACCCCCCUCCGGUAGCUGGGGGUCGCCAAGAAGUUUGGCGCCCUGACGGACAACUUCGCCGGGAAACGGGUGGUGCUGGUGGACGACUCCAUCGUCAGGGGCAACACCAUCUCCCCCAUCAUCAAGCUGCUGAAGGAGGCCGGAGCGAAGGAGGUCCACAUCCGGGUGGCCUCCCCUCCGAUCCGGUUCCCCUGCUACAUGGGCAUCAACAUCCCAACCAAGGAGGAGCUCAUCGCCAACAAGCCCGAGUUCCAGGACUUGGCCAAAUACAUCGGUGCAGCCAGCGUGCAGUACCUGACGGUGGAGGGCCUGCUGUCGGCGGUGCAGGACGGGGUCGCCUCCCAGCAGCAGAAGGACCAGCUGAUCGGCUCCGGCAACAAGUCCAGCAAGAGGGUGGGACACUGCACCGCCUGCCUGACGGGGAAGUACCCGGUGGAGCUGGAGUGGUAGUGAAGGGGGGGGGGGGGGGGGGGUGAAAAC